AUGGAGCCGGAGGGGACCACAGAGGGACAAGCCAAUAAUUUAGCGCAAUCUGCCGCCUCCAAACUGUCCAAGAUGGGCGAAAGAACUAAACAACUGGGCAAUGUAAUCCAAGACCCAGUUCGCCAGAAACGGAUUAUUCUAGUAAUAGUCUGUGUAGUACUUUUGUUAGACAACAUGCUUUACAUGGUAAUUGUGCCAAUUAUACCCGAUUACCUUGAAGGGCUACAGAAUGCAGCGGAUCUUGCCCAAGCUGCUGCACCACACAUCAACUCCACUAACAGCACCCAAGUACCCAAGGGGAACUUCGACCUACAGAUUGGUGUUCUUUUUGCCUCCAAGGCCAUCCUGCAGCUCCUAGUGAACCCCUUAAGUGGAACAUUUAUAGACAGAGUCGGAUACGACAUUCCACUCUUCAUCGGUCUCAGUGUCAUGUUUCUCUCCACCAUUAUUUUUGCCUUCGCAGAUAACUACGCGACUCUGUUCCUGGCGCGCAGCAUGCAGGGCCUCGGCUCGGCUUUCGCGGACACUUCGGGGAUAGCUCUGAUCGCAGACAAGUACCAAGAGGAGAAAGAGAGGAGCAAAGCGCUGGGUAUUGCCUUGGCUUUCAUUUCUUUUGGAAGUCUUGUGGCGCCCCCCUUCGGAGGUGUCCUCUAUCAGUUCGCAGGGAAGCGGGUGCCUUUCCUGAUUCUGGCCUCGAUCUGUCUCAUCGAUGGCAUAAUGUGCCUGAUUGUGCUGAAACCUUUCUCUAAUCGAGAGAGAGAAAACAUGCCAGUGGGAACCCCCAUCUAUAAACUGAUGAUUGAUCCAUAUAUUGCUGUAGUGGCUGGUGCUCUGACAAUUUGUAACAUCCCUCUAGCCUUCCUGGAGCCCACAAUCGCCACCUGGAUGGAGGAGAACAUGCACGCCAGUCAGUGGCAGAUCGGUAUGACGUGGUUCCCUGCCUUCUUCCCUCAUGUCUUAGGUGUAUAUCUCACUGUCAAAUUAGCAGCCAAGUACCCACAUCUCCAGUGGUUUUACGGGGCUAUAGGUAUGGUGUUCAUAGGCGCAAGCUCCUGCACAGUGCCAGCCUGUAAAAACUUUGGACAGCUCAUGAUCCCUCUGUGCGGAAUCUGUUUUGGCAUCGCCUUCGUGGACACGGCGCUCCUGCCGACACUGGGUUUCCUAGUGGAUGUGCGACAUGUGUCGGUGUAUGGAAGUGUGUACGCCAUUGCAGACAUCUCUUACUGCGUGGCCUAUGCCCUGGGGCCGGUGGUGGCAGGACAGAUAGUGCACGACCUGGGCUUUGUUCAGCUCAACUUGGGCAUGGGCCUCGCCAAUGUACUUUACGCACCGGCGCUCCUUCUGCUGAAGAACGUGACAAAGAUGAAACCUUCUUUCUCCGAGCGAAAUAUGCUCCUGGAGGAUGGCCCAACGGGACUGUAUGAUACGAUUAAGAUGGAGCAACGAGAGAAGAAGAGAAAGGGGUUGUGCACAACGAUCGACGAGAACGGCACUGAAACCUUUGCGCAACGGUCGUAUUCAGAGGAGGAAUCCUCAGGAGGAGAGUAUGCGUAA